CAUGCGCAAUAGGGAAUACUUCCUGUUUUGAUUUGAAAGGGGCAAAUUCGAAUUUUGAAGAGUUCUUUGGAUGAUGUAACUUCAUGAAAUAAAAUGGGAAAUGUGACAUCAUCUGUGCGUGGCUACCUGGGCUAUGCACCAGAAGCCAGUCCAGCAGAUCUAGUGGACACCAGUCCUAGUGACACAGAGGAUGAGGAGGAGAGGGAAGAAGUGACUUCUGAUGAUGUGCAUUUAGAGCCUGUGGAAGGCAUUUCUUCUGGAGAUCAACCAAAUAAUACUCAGGCAGCUAAGCAGCUAGAAGGUAAAUGCCCUAAUGAAGGUCUGGUAUGGGACAUUGAUAUCACUGACUUCAACAAACCAGCCACACAGAAUACAAAAGGGAAAAAGAAGAAAAAGAAAGCUCAGGAUGCACAAACAAAUGAGUCUGCCCCAACCAAGAAGCACCUUAGUAAGAUAGCCCAGGCAAAGUUAAUCAACAAGGGCAUUCCAUACACACCCCCCUCCAACCAGGCCACAAGUGAAUUGAUGGGUCAGAGAAAAGUCUUAGAUCUGAAAAGAUGGUACUGUAUGAGUCGACCCCAGUACAAGACAUCGUGUGGCCUGUCUUCUGUGGUCUCCUGUUGGAACUACCUGUUUAGCAAGCUGGGAGUUGGAAAUCUCCGUCCUAUCACCCAAGAAGAGGCUCUAGUCAUCCUGGGGUUCCAUGGCCCAGACUUCUCUGCCAUACGAUUUGGACCGUUCACUGGCAAUGCUACACUCAUGAGGUGGUUUAGACAAAUAAAUGACCAUUUCAAAGUCAGAGGAAGAACAUACUACCUAUACAAACCCAAUGGGCUCAACAAAACCUAUGGAGUUACAUCAGAAAGUGCCUUGAAGUCUUUAAAAGCUGGUCUUGCUGGGGACGAAACUUGUUUCAUAUAUCACUGCCAGAACCAUUAUUUCUGUCCCAUUGGGUAUGAGGAUGUUCCACUGUUAGCCUGUGAUGCCUACAGGUGUCCCUUAUCCCAAGAAGAGGUAGAAACAUGGAUCCUGAUUGGAGACCCGAGUAGAAAACACCCAGGGAUGCACUGUAAAAAAUGGGAAGAUGUCUCAACAGACCUGAACUGCCAAAACCCAGACUACAUGGACAUCAGGCGUCUGGAGAAGGGGAUGAUGAAGAGGAAUACCAAGAAGGUUGGCGGAAACCUCCACUGCAUCAUGGCAUUUCAAAGAAGCCACUACAAAGGCAUUAAAGACAUCAGAGAUUCCUUGGAAGUUGGGGCUGGGGGAGAGAACAAUAGGAAUGAACCAGCUUCACAGUCUGUUAUAUGUAAUAAGCGGGUGAUGAAAGUUAUUGAGAGCGAGGAAGUGCCUUCGUCUAAUUCUGAAUCUGAGUGUAUGUCAGAAUCUGAGGACUCCAGUGAUUAGAAAAAUGCUUGGUAUUAGAAAACAGAGUUGGGAGUGUGUGCGUGUGUGUGAUUUAGUAAAACCAAUAUCAGAGAACUUUACUCUUGACUGUUACGCAGAGUUUAGAAUAAAAAAGUUGAUUGAUCAAAUGCAUGUGGAAUGCACAAUGGCAUAGAUUUUUAAAACAGAAUAAUGGUUGUUGCAAUUAGGCUCUCAUAGAUGCACAGGCAUUUUUAUAUAAUUUAUUGCAUCGCUCUCAAAAAAUUGUGUUUCUAUUUACUUCAUAUAUAUCGUAAAAGACUUUAACACAGCAAAGAUUUUUUCCUUUGUUUUAUUGUAUGUUUGUACAAAUUUGCACAUUGUGCAACAUUUGUUUAAAAUUUUAUAAUUAUUUAUUUGAAAAAAAAUUUUGUUCAAAUUGUGUCAACUUUUUAAAGUUGAAAAACUUUCCGUCCAACUUAACAGGGAACUUUGAAUAAAUCAUGCAUUUGUAUUGUUACAUCAACUUACAUGUAAAUAUAU